GCCGCCCCCCCGGCUCUUUUCCCACCCGCCCAGCGCGGAGUCGAUCCCGGCUUGGCAGCCGCUCUCCAGGCGCCGGCUGCCUCUCGUCGCCCCCUCGGCGCGGUCAAGGAUGGCUCGGCAGCGCGGGGGCUUUCUGCAGGAGGCCUCUAACCAAGUCGUCGCCGGAGGCUCGGCGGGUCUUGUAGAAAUUUGCCUGAUGCAUCCCCUUGAUGUAGUGAAAACAAGGUUCCAAAUUCAAAGAGGGAAAACUGAUCCAACCAGUUACAAGAGCCUGGGGGACUGUUUUAGGACUAUUUUCCAAUGAGAAGGAUUACUUGGCUUCUACAAAGGAAUAUUUCCUCCUGUCUUGGCUGAGACACCCAAAAGGGCGGUGAAGUUUUUCACCUUUGAACAGUACAGGAAGCUACUAGGAUAUGCAUCAUUACCUCCAGGACUGGCAUUUGCAGUUGCUGGCUUGGGAUCUGGGUUGACAGAGGCAGUUGUGGUUAACCCCUUUGAAGUAGUAAAGGUUACCUUACAGGCCAAUCAGAAUGCCUUCAAAGAGCAACCAUCUAGCUUUGUUCAAGCUCGGCAGAUCAUUAAAACCGAUGGUCUGGGCUUCCAAGGUCUCAACAAAGGUCUUACAGCAACGCUGGGCCGUCAUGGAGUUUUUAACAUGGUUUACUUCGGGUUCUACUUCAAUAUGAAAAACAUUCUUCCUGUUAAUAAAGAUCCAAAUUUGGAGUUUUUGAGGAAAUUUGGAAUUGGACUAGUCUCGGGAACAAUAGCCUCAAUUAUUAACAUUCCUUUUGAUGUUGCAAAAAGUAGGAUUCAAGGACCACAGCCAGUUCCUGGAGAGAUCAAGUACAGAACCUGUUUUAAAACUAUGGCAACAGUCUAUAAAGAGGAAGGAUUUCUGGCUCUGUACAAAGGCUUGCUUCCCAAGAUCAUGAGGCUUGGUCCAGGUGGUGCAGUGAUGCUUCUGGUUUACGAAUACGUUUAUGCAUGGCUUCAGGACACAGUUAAUCACAAGUAGCACUUCUGAAAAAUGUACUCUUUAAAAUUAUGUGCAUUCUAAAAUAUACUUCAAUAAAGUAAAAGUGAUUCUUA